AUGGUCUUGGAGGUGAUCUAUGUGGUCAGACAUGGCUACAGAUCGAACUGGCACGUCGACCCGUCAACUGGCCACUACAACUCGAAUGUGCCAUCGCCCACCGGUAUCGUCGCGGACCCAGCCCUUGCCAGCUACGGCGUGAAGCAAGCAGAAGAACUCGGCAAACACCUCGAGACCGUGGACCCAACAGUCGACCUGAUCUACAGCUCACCCUUCUACCGCUGCAUCCAUACCCUCAAGCCCUUCGUCAGCGCCAAAGCUGAACGCGAAGGCAAAGACACCAUCAAGGUCUACGUCGAACCAGGUGUAGGAGAGUUCUAUGGUCUCGCGCGCUUCGAUCAUCCUUCACCCGCACCGAUCGAGGAACUCAACCGCCACUUCGACCACCUGCAAGCCGUUAAGCCACCAAGUAUUGUCCCGAGCACGAAGGGCGAGAGCAUUCCUCAACUCCACGACCGCGUUGCAUACGCUCUCCAGCACAUCAUCGCUCGCGCAGAUGCCGACCCAGCCGGUCCCAAGACGCUGCUCAUCUGCACCCAUGCUGCUGCCAUGAUCGCCAUCGGUCGUACUCUGACUGGACGUAUGCCAGAGGAUGAAGGCGAGGAGGACUUCAAGUGCUUCACCUGCAGCUUCAGCAAAUUUGUGCGGCGGCAGCAGCCCAUCACGGAUGGCACCAACGGCGCAAAGGCGAACGGCACACAGCUCAACAGCGACUGGACACCUGAAUCACCCGACCAGGUCCCUGACAUUGGCUGGCGCAACGGGAAUGGUGUCUCAGGGGGCUGGCACUGCGAGAUCAAUGGCGACUGCUCCUUCCUGGCUGGUGGUGAGGAGAGAGGAUGGAACUUUGACAUUGAGAAGGCGCAAGCCGGCAAAGUCACUGGCUCAGAGUUUUGA